AGAUAUUUUAAGGUUAUCUGAGGUUACUGAAGGAAAAGAGUUACCUUUGGUUGGAAAAUUAUCGAGAAGCACGUGCUGUGGGAUAUUUAUCGAAAAGGCAGGAAGAGAUGAUACCAGAGAUGAUACUGUACCGAUUAUGAAUUGUAUAAUAAGAAAUGUAUGAUUUGAGAGUGAUGUAGAGGGUAACAUAGGGCAGCGCGCAACGGGUGUGCGAUCUCUCGUGUAAGUUUUCCCGAGUGGUUUGUGCCGUCAAAAUAAGCGGUUCGAUAUUUAAAAACCGCGUCAAACAAAACAGAAACAGGGCCAAAAAUGAGUAAUUCAACUAUUUCCGAUCAAUCCCUGAUGGACAAAUCGAUGCGGAGUGUCUUCGUGGGGAACAUCCCUUACGAAGCGACGGAAGAAAACUUGAAGGAUAUCUUCAGCGAAGUUGGUCCUGUUCUCUCUUUCAAGUUAGUGUUCGAUCGUGAGACCGGGAAACCAAAGGGAUAUGGAUUCUGUGAAUAUAAAGAUCAAGAGACGGCACUUAGUGCCAUGCGUAACUUGAAUGGAUAUGAAAUCGGUGGGCGAACGUUACGCGUUGACAAUGCAUGCACGGAGAAAAGCAGAAUGGAGAUGCAAAGCUUAUUACAGGGGCAGAAUACUGAAAACCCUUAUGGCGAAGCGGUACAGGCUGAUAAAGCACCAGAAGCGAUAAGCAAGGCUGUUGCGUCUUUACCUCCUGAACAAAUGUUUGAACUGAUGAAACAAAUGAAAUUAUGUGUUCAAAAUAAUCCCAACGAAGCCCGUCAAAUGUUACUCCAAAACCCUCAAUUGGCUUAUGCAUUACUUCAAGCACAAGUGGUAAUGAGAAUAGUCGAUCCUCAUACAGCAGUUAACAUGCUGCAUAAAGCUAAUCCUAUUCCUGGUGUGAUAAUGCCUUCUGACAAGCUGACAUUGCAUUCAUCUGCACCAAGAAUCGAAGAACCUUGGGCGGUACCUAGACCCGCACCUGUUGCCAAUCCUCCUGCACCGAUUUUUGCAGGUCAAGACGUUGAUCUACGAACUCUGGAUAGGCAGAUGGAUCCACGAUUAGCUAGAAUGGACCAAGAUUUGCGUGCUCCUCCGCAAACCCAACCAGUUUUAGUCAAUGCUCCACCUGUUAUUCCUCCUAUAGUUGAUCCACGUGGAACCGCUGCUUUCAGUCUUGGUGACAGUUUCUGUCGCGAUCCAAGGGGCGAUAGAUUUGGAAGGGAAGGACGAGAUCCUCGAGAUCCAAGGAUGCCUGUUGAUCCCAGAAUAUCCAAAACUAAUCCACCUGCACCAGUGUCUGCACCAUCUACAACUGUACCUCGACCAGUUGCUGCACCUCCUCCCGUUGUACAGCCUGCUAGUGUAAGUACGGUAAAUGCUGUACCUACGGGAGCUUCUGUAUCCAUUGCUACGUCAAGUAGCACUGCAACAUCCAGACUCAUGGCUGGCAUGUCACCGGCUGGAAAUAUUCCUAGUGGUGCAUCGGACCAAGAAAAGGCUGCUCUGAUUAUGCAAGUGUUACAAUUAUCAGACGAACAAAUUGCAAUGCUGCCGCCAGAACAGAGACAGAGUAUUCUGGUACUGAAGGAGCAGAUUGCCAAAAGUACACAACGUUAAUAUAAGAAUUUUAGCGAAAACAUGAAUAAGAAAAUAUUCAGUGAUAACAUAGGUCUUGAUCGUCAAAAUAUAAAAAAAAUACUAUUUGUUUUAUCCUAUUCAACUUUAAUACUAAACGCAAAAUACUUUGAUCAUGUAACUGUUGUAAAAGUAAAUCUUUCGCCCUGCU